UCCUCCCAUCGGAUGAUCUGUCAUCUAAGCGUCAGUUCCAGCUGAUAAUUGUUGAUAGCUUAAGUCAUGCCUUUAAUGUUGAUAAAACUUCAAAUACAGUAAGGAUAUCUUUACAGGAAAACCCUUCAAAAGGAGUCAAUGGCGUUUUUGGAGUGGCGCAAGUUCCAGUUUUUCGACUUGAAGCCCAACUUGGAAGGUAGCCGACAACUAACCGAACUCUCCAAGGAAUGCAAAAUAACAUGCACAUCAGCUGGGAACAACCACUUGGUGUUCGGCGACUCUUUGGGUCAAAUUCACCUUGUAUCCAGAUCCUGGCAUAUCACCACCUUUCGUAGCUAUGAAAUAUCGGUAGAUUUAUCGUUUCAGCUCCGGAAUUCGCCCCUGCUGCUAACUAUAGGGCACGAUGAACCGGGCAUAAAUCCCUUAAUCAAAGUAUGGGAUACUAGCAAGUUCGAUAAGAAUGGUGUGCCAUUUUGUACAAGGGUAACGAGGGCCACAGCUGGGACUUAUGCGGUUCAAGUGAGCACAUUUACUGUGCAUGACAACCUUCAGCUUAUGGCUAUUGGAUUUGUGGACGGGUCUUUGCUGCUGUACAGGGGCGAUGUGGCAAGAGACAGGAGUUCAAAGAAGCGACUUUUUAAGGAUUUCAACAGCGAAAUUACAGGUCUGGCCUUUAAAACAUCGGCCAAUCAAACCUAUCUGUUCGUAUGCACUUACCAGGCAGUAGUUGUUUAUAAUAUUUCACACAAGGAUAGAGAACAAAAGUACCCAUUAGACCAAAUUGGAUGCGUUAAACAUUGCAGUGGAUUAGCCGAAUCAACGCAGGAGAGAUUUUUCAUGAUAGCGCGAGCCAAUGCAAUCUAUUGUUAUACACCGGAUGGUCGAGGUCCCUGCUAUGCCGUGGAUGGCGAGAAAACCAUGCUGGAAUGGUUUAGGAGCUACCUGAUUAUAAUAUCAAAGAGCAAUCGACCUGCCGCAAUAGGCGCAUCAGCCGAACAGGACAAUUCCAAACAGGAAGAUUUGUUAACUGUCUUGGAUAUCUUCAAUCAGUUCAUUGUCUAUCAGUGCGUCAUGCCCAACAUCAGGGCUGUUCUGUAUGAAUGGGGCUCUAUUUUCAUCUUGUGUCAAGACCACAAAAUCUACCACUUGGAUGAGAAGGACCUACAGUCCAAACUGUCGCUCCUUUUCAAGAAAAACCUGUAUGAUGUUGCAAUUAGUAUUGCGAAAAGCCAGCAGUAUCACUUGGAUGGGCUGGUCGAUAUUUUUAAACAGUAUGGGGACCAUUUGUGCGAUAAGGGAGACUAUGCGGGGGCCAUAGACCAGUAUACGAAAACAAUAGGAAAAUUGGAACCCAGCUAUGUGAUCAGGAAGUUUGUGGAUUCACAACAUUUGGAAAAAUUGAUUAUGUAUUUGCAGGCUUUGCACAAACAGGGGCAAGCCACCGAAGACCAUACAACUUUAUUGCUCAAUUGUUACACCAAACUGAACAAUGCAGUGGGACAAACGGAUAGUUUGAAAGAGUUUAUUCACUCAAAGGAGGGCGAUUUAAACUACGACGUGGACGUGGCUAUUAAAGUUUGUAGACAAGGAAGUCCAGCCGACGCUUUGAUGUUAGCAAAAAAACACGAAAAACACGAGUGGUACAUAAAAAUUCAAAUUGAAGACCAUCAGAAGUACCGCGAAGUGUUGGACUACAUCGGCAAUUUGAACUUCGAAGAAGCCAGCCACUAUACGAAAAAAUACGGUCAAAUUCUAGUGGAACAUCUACCCUAUGAGAGUACGCAGUUUCUGAAACGCUUAUGCACCAAUUACAAGCCGGAAAAUAGUCCGAUCGUUUCCGAAAAUAUGAUGUCUGGAAACUACGACGUUGUUCUCAAAUCGGACCCAGAGGAUUUCAUUCAUCUCUUCCUUAACAACUCCGAACGACUUGUGGAGUUUUUAGAGCACUUGAUAACUGAAAACUGCAUUUUGAGUCCUUCAGUUUACAGCACUUUGCUGGAACACUAUUUGCAUGUCUGGUCAAACACAGAUGGUGUGAGUGACAAACACAAGCUGUCCCGAAAAAUCCUAGACUUGUUGCAAAACCCGGAGUUAAAACUGGACAAAUCCCAUGCCCUAGUCGUAUGUAAUAUGCAUUCGUUUAGUGAAGGGAUUUUGUAUAUUUACGAGGAGCAAAAAUUGUAUCGGCAGAUUCUGAGAUAUCACAUUUCCAGAAACGACCCAAGCUCGGUGCUGGCAUGCUGUGCGCGAUUUGGCCAUCAGGAACCCACCCUUUGGGUGCAAGCGCUAUGGUCUUGUGUUAGGGACAGUAAACAGCCAUCCAUUGAUCUCCUGAAUGAAGUCUUGACUGUGAUCGCUAAAGAAAAACUGUUUUCUCCUCAACUGGUUAUCGACGCUGUCGGUACAGGAAACGCGGAGAUCACGUUAGGUCACAUCAGGUCGUACAUAAUGAAAGAGUUGAAGCAAGAGAUACAAAAAACUGAAGAAAUGGCCAAUUUGACCAGGAAUUAUCGAAAAGACUCUGAGAAACUGAAGAAGCAUUUGGAGGAGCUCAAGGUUGGAGUGACUUCAAUUCAAGGAGCAAGAUGUGCAGCCUGCCACCAUCCUCUGGAGCUCCCCACGAUUCACUUUUUAUGUAAUCAUAGCUUCCACCAGCACUGUUUCCAGAGCUUUUCAGACGAUGAAUCCGAGUGCCCGACGUGCCAACCAGAAAACAAAAACUUACUAGACCUUCUUAAAGCCAGAGAUCAUAACAAAGACAUGCACGAAACGUUCCAUUACCAGCUCGAUAAGGCCCAUGAUGGAUUUUCGAUAGCGGCAGAAUAUUUUGGCCGAGGAGUGUUUACUAAUUGCAAUCGUUUAAGCGCUGAAAUGAUGGGUAAAAGUCUUUCGUUUGCCAAAAAAGCCGAUACAAAACCGAAUUCGAACUAUGGCUAUGUUGCUGAGGCACGGAAGCAGUCGGGGAGCGUUCGGAGCAAAACGCGUUAUGAUUCUACCUCGGAUGCUAAAACGAAAGCGCAAAACAGAUAUAGUUCUUCGGUAACAUCAACAUCGUCGACACGUUCUGCCCCCGGGCUGGAGCAAACAGCUUAUUCGUAUAAAAGCACAGAGCCAGACCUCAAAUCCAGAGUGUCUAUGAACCCUUUUGAAGAGCCGAGCGAUUACGAUGAAAGCAUGAACCCAUUUUGCCAGGAAUCAGACGAGCUCUUGGACAAAACCAACCCGUUUUCUGAGGAUUACAAUUGCGACAAGAAUCUCAACCCUUUCAAUUGAAGGUAGGUAAGGCGUUGAAAAGUGUAAAUAUGCGGGUUUACGCCGAGACCCAUUUAAAAUGUUUACUCCAGUUUUGUUAAUCUUGUCUGGCUAUCACAUUGUAUUUUUCCUGGAUUUAGUCAGCUUGCAGAUAUGAGAUAUGAAGGCAGGUAAAAAAAUAAUUAUACGUUUCAAAUUUUCCAUCGUUUACAAACAACUACAACCGAUAGUUCUACUAGAGUUGCAUUUUCCUCUAUGUUCUUUAAAUCGAGUGAGCCCUACAAGCAUCCUGGAAAAGGAUCGUUUCGGUUUUUCCUUAACACAAAGUUAAUUUUCCUAUUCAUGUCUUCAUUGUAAAUGGCUUUGCACCUUUCAAAGUUUAUCCUUCGUCUGAACUGGAAAAGAAAUGUUCACUUUAGGCUGGGAAAAGGGUGAUAGUGUGCGUGAAAACUUGUAUGGAAUUAUUAAUAUAGAUUAUAUAAGCAAACAGAUAAUGAAGUUGUCGCAAAACAGGCUUAUAACGUGUGACACUGUGGAACACUUGAAGCUGCAUGUAAUUGCAAUGCAAAAUGACUUUGAAUGUUAACUUAUCUUAAUAAAUACAAUUAGAUAGAUC